AUGAAGGAUCGACAUCAAGAGAGUUUAGAUAUAAGAAAACGAAGCAUUUUCAGCUCCAGUGCUGAAUCUUUAACAUCUUUCGACGAUUCACUUUCCAUCACGACACAAGAACAGCUUUUUGAGAAUAUUCGGUUACAUAAGGAAAUUAUUCAAUCAGUUAAAAAUCAACCAUGGAGUUUGUCUAAGAAAUAUAAAAUUGUGCAAAAGGCAAAGCAGUACGUGUCACGACAUGAAGAUACGUUACAAGAACGUUUCGCACAAUCAGGAAACACUAAGGAUCUCUAUGCGAGAUUUAAAAUCGUUCUCGCUGAUGUGAAAAUAUUAAAAAAUGUUUUUUAUAUUCCACCCGUAAAACAGAAAUUAAAGCACAUGAAACGUGAGAUAUACAAUUACGCUGCUUUACUUAUUCCUUGGGAGAUUCGAAUCAAGGAAAUUGAGUCACGUUUUGGCUCGGUAGUCGCUUCGUAUUUCAUUUUCUUGCGAUGGCUUUUCUGGGUGAACAUUGUGAUCGCCAAUAUUUUUACUUUGUUUGUUAUCGUGCCAGAGGUGAUAGGAGCAGAUCCAAAGAAGAAUGAAGACCCAGAAUUGGUUGUAAGGAAAGUUAUGCUCGACGAUGAAAAGAAAGUCGCUUCGAAUUUUCUAACUGUUUGGGAUUUUGAAGGAUAUUUGAAAUAUUCGCCACUGUUUUAUGGCUAUUAUUCAAACUCUUCCGUUGGUUUCGGUUAUCAACUGCCGAUGGCAUAUUUUCUUGCCGGUCUUGUUGUCUACAUUUACAGCUUUUUUGCAACAUUACGAAAAAUGGCAAAGAAUUCACGAAAUGCUAAGCUUGGCAGCAAAGAAGAUGAAUGCGUGUUCUCUUGGAAAUUAUUCACGGGUUGGGAUUUUAUGAUUGGACAUUCAGAAACAGCCGCAAAUCGAAUCGCUUCAGUUGUGAUGGGAUUUAAAGAAGCAUUGCUGGAAGAAGCUGAGAAACAAAAGGACAAGAAAAAUUGGAAAAUCAUUUGUUUAAGAAUCAUUGCGAAUUUGAGUGUUUUGUUUCUUUUAUGCGUAUCAGCUUAUGCGGUUAUUUGGGUUGUGAAACGAUCAAGCGAAAAAAACGAUUCAUGGUGGCGACGAAACGAAAUCACAGUCGUCAUGUCGAUGAUUUCAUUUAUCUUUCCAAUGCUGUUUGAAUUACUUGGAUUGAUGGAAUAUUACCACCCACGCAUGCAGUUGAGAUUGCAACUGGCUCGAAUUAUGAUUUUAAAUCUUCUCAAUUUGUAUUCCUUGAUUUGGGCGUUGUUUGGGAAGAUUAAUGGAAUGACGGCACGUUUAGGACAAAUCAAAAGUUCACAAGACAAUAUCACCUCGACGACCUCAUCGCCUUCAGUCACUUUCAAACCCAUUCCACCUGUAACCCAAACGCCAUCAUAUUUUGACAUUCCAUCAUCAACAGUCGAGUCAAUCACUGAUAGCGUUUACACAAAAAUCACUGAAAUUUUAAAUCAAACUACGACCGAAUACCCAACAGAUCCAACUGAAAGUUACGAUUAUUCAAACACAAAUUAUUUUGAAUAUGAAGAGCCUGACACACAAAUCUCCACGACAGUUGAGACUUCAACAAUCGAAACAAUUAUGAAUUUCACAGAAUCUCUCUUUGAUUUCACGGAUCCUUUUUACAUUGACAAUGAUUUCGGAAAUUACACGGAUUUCUACACGAAUACAACGGGAGACUUAUUUAUAAAUUCAAACUUUAACAUGUCGAAUCUCAUCAACCCUUCAGGCUUCAAUGAUUCUCCAGCGGUUAAUUACACAAACAUCGAACCAAUUGCUUCAGCUCUUGAAGGGUUUCAGUACAGUUUUCUUCAAACAGAUCAAUCAUCCUUCAUCAAUAAUGAUUUGUUAAAUUCAUCGACACAAUUGGAAUUGAGAAAACUUUGCUGGGAAACAAUGUUUGGACAAGAACUUGUGAAGCUUACAGUCAUGGACUUACUUUUAACUGUCAUGCAGAUUAUGAUUCUUGACUUCUUUCGAGCUCUUUUUGUUCGAUAUAUGAACUCAUGUUGGUGCUGGGAUUUGGAGAAACGAUUUCCAAAGUACGGCGAUUUCAAAAUUGCUGAAAAUAUUUUACACUUGGUGAAUAAUCAAGGAAUGGUGUGGAUGGGAAUGUUCUUCAGUCCGGGCUUAGCGAUAUUAAAUCUUAUCAAGCUUGUUCUUAUUUUGUAUUUGCGAUCGUGGGCUGUCUUAACUUGCAAUGUUCCACACGAAGUUGUUUUUAGAGCUUCGAGAUCAAACAACUUUUACUUAACGCUUCUUCUCACAAUGUUGUUCCUUUGCGUGCUGCCUGUUUCUUAUGCAAUUGUUUGGCUUGAACCUUCGUUGCAUUGCGGUCCGUUCUCUGGUUACGAACGAAUGUAUUAUCUGUUCACUGACACUGUGAAGGGAAUAAUGCCAUCGCAAUCACAUAAAUUUCUUGAAUACAUUGUCAGCCCUGCUGCUAUUAUUCCAUUGCUGCUGCUCUUAAUUUUAUUCAUUUAUUACUUAAUAUCUUUAACGGGAGCACUUCGAAUGGCAAAUCAAGACCUCAAAACACAAUUGCAUAAAGAGCGAACAGAGGAACGCAAAAAGAUGAUGAGAUUAAUGGAGGACAAACUAAUGGAUUCGGUGAACGUCACAAAUAAGCUUUCGAAUCGUUGGAAGAAAGUUUUAGAAGUUCCCAAGCCAGCUUCAUUGAUGACGCCAUCAAUAACUGCGACAUUAACACCAGAAGAAACAGAUGAUCGAAAGAAAAUGUUAUUAGCACGUGCAAUGAAAAAUAUUUUACGUAAAAAAUAUUCAAAUGAAGACGAUCCGAAACCAAAAAUAACAACGGAAAUAGCUCAGCCAUAAUAAUUAUGAUUUCUAUUCUUUUAUUUUUGAUGUUUGUUGUCAAUAUGAAACAAAAGAUUACAACAAUUGAUGUGUAAGCUGAAUCGAUGGAAAUAAAAGCCUUGUUAAAUGUGAAGCUUUGACUAAUUUCUUACUAAGAGUUCACCAUG